CGAACGAGAAAGUGAACACAAUUUAUUUUUAUUUAUUUACUGUAUCAGCUGUUUAUUUGAAUCGUUUGUGUGUUUGUUGGUAUCUAUUUUACGGAAUGCCAUUUAUUUCUAAAGAUUGGAGAUCUCCAGGAGAGACUUGGGUUAAAACACAAGAAGGAUGGGAGAAAAAGAAGGUCCUAGAAAAUUGCAAAACCUCUUCAAAAAUUUUAAGAAGUGACAGUUCUGAAGAAGAAAGUGAUCCAGACACUGCCAUUCAACCCCAUUGUCACAUUACAAUAAAAUGUACAAAAGAAAUAGCAGGCUUUAAUGAAUUCGACGAGGCUGUGAAACGGCUGGAUUUCAGGAGCGCAGUCAGAGACGUCCGUAGAUUUAACUAUAUAUGCGCUCUACUAGAACUUCUCAUAGGACAACAGAUGACAGCUUUAUCGGGAUGUUCCCAAAAAGUGCUUCUCGCCAUGUUGGAGGAAGUAGCUAGUCACGCAACUACUAGUCAACAUAACCCCAGAGGUUUUCGACAGCUGUUAGGCAACUUGAGGGCGCUCAGGUCUGCUGAAAGAGGCGCCUGCUGGGGAGGUCCUUUGGGAUCUCAAGUCCUCUGGCACCAACACGCUACCAAAAUCGAAAGGAUAUUAAACAUGGCAGCCCAAAUGCAGAUCCGCGAACCAAAUACUCAACCGAAAUUAUUGCAACUGCCAGAAGAAUGUAUUAGAGAAAUAAUUUUAAGGUUAUCCGACCACAGAGAUUUGACAGCCAGUGCCGAAUCCUGCGAACAAAUGGCAGCUAUCGUAAGCGAACAAAGGAUCUGGAGGGAAUUGGUCAAGUUCCAUUUCACUUCACAGCAAGUCGAGCUAGUUUUACCCAAAGAUAGUAAUCAAAUUGAUUGGAAGGAAGUUUAUCAUUCGUUGAAAAAAACCUUCGGUUUAAACGAGGAAAGGCAAUACGCCGAAAUGUUGUCUCUAUGUCGAUACUGCCGCUGCUUGUUUUGGAGAUCCCUUGGCCAUCCGUGCAUCGCAGAUCAAUGUCCCGAAUUUCGAGCUCGCAUCCAGGAAGCCGGAGGAGCCAGCGCUCCAUGCCCCGUCCCUCCGUCCGCCUUCCUCAAAUUCUUUUCCUUGUAGUUGCCUUCUCACUAUCCCAGAGACGUAACAUAAGUGACAUUGUCUAUCAACGAUCACAAGAGAAAACUGACUCAUACGAUUUUUUUCAUUUAAAAUGAAUUGGUAACUUAUUUUUGUAUGAAAUUGAAAUAGUGUAUUCAUUACAAUAGACCCGUUUUUGUCCGAAGCGUUUAAGUUGAUUAAUAGCGAAGAUAUUUAGUUCUGAUGUAAUGCCAGUCCAUCUAUUUUUCUGUAUUAUUGCUUCCCGAAUCCUUACUAGUAUCGAUCCGUCCAUUCUCAUUAAAUGUGCUCACCAUUCCAAUUGUCUUUUCAGAUAUUUUUUAAUGUUUUUGCCUCUCAUUAUGUCUCUUUUGGUCAACCAUCAACUUCUCGACAGCUUGUGUUUAUGUUACUCAAGCUGAUCUAAUUUGUUUGCUCAUACCUAAUUAUUUCAAUCGCAAGUAAUGUGGGAUAAGCCAAAAAUAUGUUUAAGUCCUUAAAGUGUAGGAACUUGAAUUUAAAGCUCGAUUUCCCUUGGUUUUCUCUGUUUAUAAUUUCCUCGAGUAUUUCUUAUGCUUCGUUUAUUAUUUUUGAAAAUUCCUCCAUAUAUUACUCUAGUGUUUCAUGAUUUGUUUGUUCCUUUAUUUGGCCUUUUUCUUGUUGUUGGGUUUCUACUUUUUCUGAGUUUCUUAAAUACUGGAUAUUUGCCGUACCAACCUUGUAUCCUUUUUUAUUGCACGGUGGACAGGAUUCCUUGUUUGCAUUAGUUAUCAGUCCUUCCGUAGUUGAAAUUGUGCUAAUUAUGAAACGUUUUACCAUGUCUAUUUUGAUGUGGUCUUGCUGGUGAUGAGUAACCUUCAAUCCCUUAGUGUUUUUAAGAUUUCUUAUUGCCACUACGGGUAAUUUGUCCCUGGCUAAGGCUUUGAAGGAGCUGAGUACCUCCUUGCAACUCUUUGCACUGUCCACGACAAUAUGUCCUUAGGUGUCUCUUUUUCUGUUGUUUGUUGGUGGUGUAGAUGUUUAUUCAUCAUACUAUUCUUACCCUUGAUGAUCACUUCAGUCAUUUUUCUUAGCAUGAUUUUUUUGUGAUGAAUGGCUAUCCUUUUGUCUUCCUUGGUCUCUUCUUUUAGUUUCUGAAGCACUAUUCUAUAUACUUUCCAUGGUAUCGUAAUGAGUCUCGUUUUUUCCUAAUCUGGUAAGGCAUAGGAUCUGCCUCUGCCUAGUUGGACUGUAAUGUGUACUUAUCGUGUUUUAUUAGGAGUCUAUGCAGCUCAUUUUGUCGAGGCUGAUGUGACGUCAUAACCGAAACUAUCCUGACUGCUGACUUAUAACUCCUGAAUAGUAAGUCAUUCUAGAGCGAUUUCAUUGUUGUAACCAAGAAAAUUCAUAGAAUUAUUUUAUACAAAGGUCGUCUUUUAAGUGGCCGAUGUUUUCUAGGGUUCAGUAAAAAUAAACUAGUCAACAUAACAACUCGUCUAUACUAUUUUUCUCUGAGCUAAACUAUUCGAGGUGCCGAUGCAUCUCUGUCCGCGAAUGGUUUAUUUACUUUGAAUUUUGUUUGCUAUUAUUUCCAUCUGUCUCUUGAAUCCUCAGGGUUCGAGCGUGGUGGCACUGUAACCUUCAAAAGUUAUUGUGCCACAAUUUGGGAGUUUUUGCAUUAAUUACACCUUAUGGCAAAUGGUUAAUUGCUACUCAUUAUCAUCAUCAGCAUAAUCAAUAAAUACAUUUCAUUUUAUCAUCUGUAGUAUAAUUUCUUCUAUUAGGUUUUAAUUAUUAAUAAGAAGCGAUAUUCUUUCUUCUGGUACCAUUCUUCGUAAAAAAAUCAUCAUUGACUGUUAUUCACAGCUCUUGCCGAAUGUCUUGUUUCUUUGGUGGGUCUAAUAACCUAGUCUGCUAAUGGUCUUACUUAGGGACAUUUCUGUAGCAGCUAUUCUCUGUUAGUCUCUUUUCCAAAGAUGUGCAAUAUUGUUGUAACAGCCGAUGUAAUUCCGUCAUCCAUCCAACACUGCAGUGGAGGCAACACUGCUUGACUCCGAAAACGUCCAAAACAAAGCAAUACUCGAAACUCGCUAUGGCUUCAAGAAUAUUUACUAUACGCCCUAAUUUUCAGCUUCAAAUCGCCAAUAGCUUGAACAUUCAUUACUCUCUUUAUUCUCCUUCCUCAUAUGCUUUUUAAAAUGAGUUUAAGCAAGAGGCAUUUUUUUGGACUGUUUCUUCUGUCUACUUAAGGGUUUUUUGCGACGUUGGUUACCAGCUAUCUUUCCGUCUUUUUGGGACCCAGAAGCUAUUCAUUCACCUGCCGUAUUUCAUCCUGGUUGCAUGCUAAUUCCAUUUCCUCUUAUUCUCAGUAAUAUACGGAAGUAAUUUACUACAUACUACUUUAUAUCAUGUUAAUGGGCGUCUGGUUUCGGGUACUGUGGGUUUUCAUUAUGCCAACGUUUAAGAGUUCCCGAUAACUUCUUUUAGUUGCCGUAAUAAAAAAAAAUAAGUUUAAUUUCAAUGGGUAUGUUCAAAGAUUUGUUGUUACUGAGAAAUUUCAGAAUCGUACAAAUCGAUUGUCAGUUCUCUUGUGGCCGCUGAGGCUGAUCAUAAAUUGUAAUUCUCGAUCAAUCGAUUUGGUUGGGUGUCUUUUGAAAUUCAAUCGAACGCUGAUGGUCAUUGAUUAAAGUGCUCGAUUCGUGAAUUAGAGAUUAACAUUUUCGUAUUGAUAAGGUUUAUUUCCUUUUACAAUAAUUUUCGAGUUUAAUACAGUGUAUUAUUAAUCAUUAAGUUAUAAAAAUUCGGUGAUAGAAUUGAAGCUGUGCGAUAAGUGCGAAUUGGUAAUGUCGAAUGUCAUUUCAUGAUCGUCCGAUUUAUGAUGCUAAUUUUAUCAAAUUUUUAUUCGAAAUAUUGGGUUACUUCCGAUAUAACCGGCUUAUUCACAGUGGUACGUCAACUUCGUUAUGCCGGAAGUGAACCAGAUAGACAGGGUAAAAGCGAGUAGAAAGAGCUAAAACUACUUAGUUUAAAUUUAUUUCCUUUGCAAUUUUAUGGAUAAAAUUAAGUAGUGGAAAUUGUAAUUUUUGAUUUUUGGUUUUGAAUGGCAUAGAUCAUUAAAAAAUGGUACUGUUAUUGAUUAAGGUAUUCUAAAAACAUAAACAGUUUACAGUUUUACAGUAUGAAGGAACUUCCAUUUUAACUCUAUCCGUCUCCGAACGCUCUUUGGUACUUUCAGAGUGAAUGUACAAAAGAGUGCACAGACCGAACUAACCAUUAAUAUAUAUUUCAAAAGUAAAAAUUCUCCUUAACAUCAUAUCCAAAAAUCAAGUUUUUCUAUGUAUCCUGUUAGGCACAAUAAAUUUUACUUACAUACAAUAAAUUUCUCUUUUGGUUUUUAUCUCGGCUAUAUGAAAUUAAAAGUAUACAGACAUAAACACGUUAUUAAGACCUCUUCUAACGUAUGUAGUUUCCCAGCUGAAUAAUUGACUACCUUACCCGAUUGAUUUGGCCGAGCAGCGAAAAAUUAUUGCCAGGCUCUAGUAGGCAUGACGUUUUAGUUUCUUUUAACUAUAUAACUUAUUAUUUAAGAUCAAAUUAUGAUUUGACAACCAUUAGAAUCUUUAAAUUUUUAUCUAACAAUCAAGAAUACAUUUUUUCUACACCCACAUGGAUAUUAGCUUAUCUAUCCACAGAUUACAAAACGAAAAAGUAUGCUAUUGCCUUCAACUGAACGAAUAUAUUUCAUAUCCAUUAUAGGUAAUGAGAAUACUGCAAAAAAUGAAAUCCACCAAUCACAGUUCAUAUUUUGAUCAACCGACGGCUAUUAUUUUUAAAAUUUUAAAUAAGUAACAAUUCUGUCAAACUAUUUGUCAGUAUAUUUUUUAGUUAUUGAGGUUAAACAUACAUUAAAAUAAGUUAUUCUUGUGUAGAAUUGAUACAUAAUAGAAUUUCUAUUUUUAUUUCGUCUAUAAUUAUAAAUAAUUUGUUAAUUUAAAUAAAACUACGAGUAUUAAAGCAAAAAAAAAUAAACGCGUAGAUGGUCCUGUGGUCAGCGUUCUUGCCUUCCAUACGGAAGACUCGAGUUCAAAUCUCAGAUGGAGAAAAAUGAAAUAUUUUUUUAUUUCUUGUUUAUUUUAUUUUAUAAAUUAUUAAAAAAAAAAUUAAAUUAAUUAUUUUAUCUUAAUAACCUAAAAUAAUUUUUAAUAUUUGUAGAUUUUCGUUAGUGGGUCGUAGAAAAAAUAUACUGUACAACUCGAGUGGAUUGUCCAUAUCGCACUUAGACGAUUGAGCACUCCGCUUACGGCGUCGUGCUCAAAUUUCGUCUUUGUGCGAUAUGGCCAUUCAUAUCCACUACUACUACUAUUUACGAAUCAUUGCACAGUAUUUAUCGGCGUAUAUAGUUAAAAUAGUAAAAUAGGCAUUUUUUUGGAUUUAUCAAACUGAGAUGAAUAAAAAAAAAAUAUAUAAGGAUAUCUCUGAUUUAAUUACUUUGUGGUUGAUGCUGACAGGCUGUGACCUUGUAUUUAGGUGAUUACUUGUGCUCCAUAGCGAAAAAAAGGUCAGUUAAAUUAACAAAUAGUAGGCAGAUAUUUAUUUUUCAAUUUCAUACAUUACAAAUUUAAUUUAGUAGUAAAGAUAUAAAAAAUUAUUUACAUAUUUUUCCAAAUAACAAACUUCUCGUCUUUUACAGUUUAAAAGUUUCUACUGAUACAUUUAAGGGUAUAAAAUAAUCUUACCCUACAGAAUAAUUUUUUAAAAACCCAAUUGCAAAUUUUUCACAUGGGUGUGAAAAAUUUACACUUAGGUGUGAAAAAUUUGUAUUUUUACAAAUACUUUGAAAAGUAUCUAUUACAUUUUUGAAUAUAAUAAUACUUUUAAAAUUUAAUUAAUAUGUUACCUCUAACGAACAGAAAUUUUAUAAGAUCAUCAUGCGACAUAUUUAAGCUACCAAAUUAAUCUAAAUUAGAGUUGUUGUAAGCUUCGUAGUAGCAAAACAAAGAUGUAUCAAAUAUGUAUCAUCCAAAUUUUGAUAGACUUUUGAAUAUGCCUCACAAAUUUGACAAGGAUGAACAGAUAAAACAUUUUUUUAAACUAGGUAACCCUCAAAAUACUUUUUUUCUAAAUUGGUUUCUAACGUAGACUCUUUUUCAUAAUUGCUCCCAAGUUCUGAGAAAUGUGUUUUAGAGGGAUAUGGAAAGUAGGUAAUUUUGUAUCUUUAAUUACAUCAGGAACUCGAAAAAGCAUAUUAUCCAAGUCAUCCUCGCAGUUUUGAGUUCCAGAGAUGAUUAGCUUUGCACCGAAUAAGUUGCUAAAGGUUCUUUGAAAUUGAACGACUAUUGAAUCAUCAUAAUUAUUACUAGUUUGCUGUCUUUUAGGACCAAACAAGUUUUCCAACGGAUCUUGGUUUAAAUUUUUAGUAAAAAGGAACUUUUUUGAUUUUAGAAAAUCCCAUAAAUGAAGAAUAGAAUUAUUAUUUUAGAACCUGUUAAAAACUUCAUGUUUUUAGUUACAUUCUCGCUUAGGUUGUUUAAAACUUUUAAGUUUUCCAACGUCAAUAACCUCAUUCAAAAAUGCUAAUUGAAAGUCAAGAUUAUUAAACGCAAAAUUAUAUUUCUUCCAGUUUAAUAUUUUCGAGGAGUUUAGAAGAUAAAAUUUAUGAGCAGUUGCCUGGACUUCUUUAGAUGAGUUACUAAUUCGACGUACAUAUUUAAAGCCACUGAAACUGCAAAACUAAAUACCAGACUUUCAUAUUUUACCUACAUUUUUUCGAAAUUACUAGGAAAUAUAUGCAAGUCGCCUAGUUUAGGUGCUGAUCUAGUAAUUAAACUCUGAUCAAUAUUAUAAAAUUGUGGAUUAUAUUUCCAAGAAACUAUUUUAUUAGAUACAAAAUCAGAAAAUAGUUAAUAUUAAAACAACGAUAAAAAUAUUUAAUCAGAAUAAUAAUUAUAAAUCACACUUUCGAUAUCUCCUCCUGUGUAAGUCGCUACUGCACUGAGUUUCGAUUUAGAAUUUCGGUUUGGAUACGCUCGAAGGCUAAAAGCGUCCAGCGACCACGUGAUCAGAUAUAUCCUUCUGGUUAGUAUAUUUAUUCUUGUGAUACAAUUUUGAAAUUUCAAAAAUGUAUUGUGGCUACAAAGAAUAACUUGACUUUUGGAUAUACUUUUAGGGAGAAUUUUUACUUUUGAAACGAAUUAAAUCUUUUUUUUUGUUUUUCUGAGAAUAAUUCACUCAUCCAUAGGAACAUUUUUUGAUCUAGAAAUUAAAAUCUAAAAUUUCAACUACUUAAACAAUUUUAUCUACAAAACACCAACGGAAUGAUGAAAGGAGUCCGGAAAAAUUAUAUAUAAGCUGUGUUUGUGGCAUAAUUUUGACAGGAAUGAUAUGAUAAAUGACAAGGCAGUUAGGAUAUAAUAUAUUAAACCUUGCUUUUUAUGUUUCUGAAAAUGAAUAACAAUCCUGAGCUGUUUUUGAAAAGCAUUUCAUAUAUCUUAAAGAUAACAAAAAAUAAUGAAGGUGGAUUAUCAAUACCCAUACUCGUCGAAAUAUUUUUAUGUUCCGGGUCAUUUAAUACGUCAAUACCAAACGUUUUCCCUGGACUCCGUCCAGGUGCGUGAUGGUCGUCGAGUUAUUUUUCAGCUAGCAUUAUUAAAUUUUCUGGAAAAGGGAUGACUCCAGGAAAAACAUAAUCUUUUUUUGUUAUAAAUAAUUUUAUUUAUCUUUGUAGGACGCACUAUUCUCGAGGAUACCUUGUAUCCACUUUAUUUUAUAGUCAUUACGAGACAUAUUAUAAGAACUCAUUUAUUAUCAUUCAUUUUAAAAGGAGAAAAGAUAGUUGUUGACUCGAAAAUUAAUGAAAAUAGAUCGACAUGAGGCGUUCAAAAGAUAUUUCGAAAACAGUUCUGAAUUGCAAAUUUAAUCUAAUUCGAAACAAACUUUUUACAGAAAAAUCUUUUUAUUUUGACUGAUUUUUUACAUUUUUUUUACAAAACUAGUAUUUAGGUAUUUGAAACGUUCUAAUAGCUUUACGUGAACUAUAACUAAAAAUAAUAUAUAUUAUAAUUAAGUGAACUAAACUUUAACUUGUGUGGGUUACUGGCUAGUUGUUUAUCUACUGACGGUUUGGAGCUUUAGUUAACAUUUUAACUAAACUAUAGGCUCUUUUGAAAAAUAGUAUUUAAGUAACUAAUUCGGUUAUGAAACCAGUGAUUUUUAUCGGUGAAUUUCAAAAAAUGCCCUUUGUUGUGCUUCUUGUGCAUUGUGAUAUAUUUAUCUGAUUUUGAAAUUAUUUACUAUUGUGUGUAAUAAUAGAUGCUAUAUUUAUCAUAGUUACUAUAUCAGACUCUGAAUUGUGGU